AUGGCAACGCAGAACCAGGACCGUCUCCGCGCUCUCUUCUCGUCCGCCCCCGAGUCGGAUCACGGCGAUCGAUGGGAUGACCUCUGGCGCGAGGCUACCUUUUUGCCAUGGGACCGGGGCAACGCCAAUCCCGCCCUCAUCGACGUUCUUAAUGAGCGUUCUCGCCCUCUUUCGUCCCCAGACCCAAAUCCCUCGCUGGGCGCUCCCCCGCCGAACAGCGAGUCGGCCGGUUACGCAUCCCUGCCUGGGCCGCUGAGGGAUGACGGCAAGAGGAGGAGAGCGCUGGUGCCGGGCUGUGGAAAGGGAUAUGAUGUGGCUUUGUUUGCAGCACACGGUUAUGAUGCCUAUGGGCUGGAGGUGUCACCACAUGCAGCUGAGGUUGCGCGGAAAUAUCUACAGGAUCCAGGAAAAGGCCCGUUGGAGGGCGAGUAUGCGGUAAAGGACGAAAAGACGGGCAAAGGAGCCAUCAAGAUCAUCUGCGCCGACUUUUUCGACGACGCAUGGUUCAAGCAUGUGGAUGGCUGGGAGGGAGACGAGGGUUUUGAUAUUAUCUAUGACAAUACCUUCCUAUGUGCCCUUCCGCCCUCCCUGCGUCCAAAGUGGGCAUCACGUAUGACGGAUAUUCUCCGACGGGCACCUCCAAACACCAAGUCCUCCGGUGGCGUUUUAAUCUGUCUCGAGUUCCCAACACACAAGCCUGUUUCCUCCGGUGGACCUCCGUGGUCGCUGCCACCCCUCGUACACACGGAGCUACUGGAACAACCGGGCCAGGAUAUAUCAUAUGACGACCAAGGCGUGGUAACAAAGACGGACAGAGAGGAGACAGACAAUGCGCUGGUCAAGAUUGCGCAUUGGACGCCUCGGCGGACUCACGAGAUUGGCGUCAUCAAAGGCGUGGUAAGGGACUGUGUGAGUAUGUGGCGCCACAAGGUGGACUGCCCAGACGAGCAAAGGUGGCAUUGA